AGUUGUGUUCGACAUUUGUUCCUUGCGUUUUUAAAGUUAGUCAGCGUAAUAAAUACAAAAUGCAAAGAUAAAUAUUUGCUGCUUACUAUCAAACUAAGGUUGAUUCUGCAGAUUUAAUCGAAGAUUUCAUCCCACAUGGCAAGGCAGGGUAUAUCAAGACUAAAGGUGGUCUCGUCAGGCAGACUGACAGCUUCUGGACGAGGACAGAUACACAAGAAAAAGGUUGCUGGGACGUGUGUGUCUCCUCUUGAACCAGGAUAUUCACUUUAUUCUACAGACUCUGAAGAUCAGGUGACAACAAUCCACAAGGGACUUGAUCGAUGUGCUGCUUUACUCAAUGGGAUACUUCAAGCUGAACAAACUGAAUCUAAGCCCAAACCACAGGGAACAAAAACCUGCACCUUCAAAUCCAAACCCAAGAAUCUAUCAAGGAAAUUUGAGAUUGAUAACAAGAAAAAGCAUUGGAAUAAGACAAAGACGGCUGUACAUUUGAGCAAAAGACCAGCGCCAGUUCAGAAGAAGAUUCUAUCUGCCAAGUGUCACGUGGGUUUGGCAGGGCAGCUGUGUAGUCGUAAUGAUCAGAACCCUGGCAUCAGAAAGACACAAGUGUCACAUGAUCAAGCUUCAGGGCUGACCCUAGAACAUGGCCAGCAAAUCUCACUGUCUAACUCUCAGCCUCCUGCCAGCUGUAAUCAUCCAGAUCAGGUUUACACAUCUACUGUAUUUAACACUCGACUGACAACAUCCACACCUGCACUGAGCCCUCAGAGACCUGGAUCAGCUCCCACUGAACCUUGUACAUUGAGCAGUGGUUGCCCAUCUAGAGAGUUUCAUCAGCUGAGGACAAUGAGUGUUGCCAUCCCAUCCUGCCCUCAUGGGUCUGUGGAAAUAUCUGGCAUCCCAAACAAGCAUGCAACUACUUUCUCCAUGCCAUUAGCAGCUCAACAACAGUCUCCAGUUGCAGUUUUACCUCUUCAUAAUAAAUCCUGCACUCCAGUACCAGCCAGCCCGGUCAGCAGUGUUCAUGAGCUGGGGUCUGUGGAGCCAAGUGUCUCAUUGGCAUCUUCCAUUGGAUCCUUGAGCUGUUCCUCGUCGACGUUAACCGAAACACAAAUGUCCAUCCACCCCCAGGUCAGCCACACUGCUGAGACCGAUCCUGAUGGAGCAGUACUGAUGAUUAGCAAUGGCCAGGGGAAUUUGGAAGAGGAUGAUGGUGCAGAGGAUGAAAAGGAAAAGCAUGGGAUGGACAUCACCCCUGUCAGAGACAUCAGCUGUCAGACCAGCACUGAGAAAUUAACAGCUCUGACUCACAAAACCAAAGCCAGUCCAGAGAAAACCGCACAGAAAGUCAUGACGGUUAAAUAUCUGCUGGGAGAGCUGAAGACUUUGGUUGCCAAUCAUGAUGGUGAUGCGGUGCGUCUGAUCUCCGAGGUGGAGCAGAACAUCUCUCUUCUUCCUGUCAUGGUGGGCAGCACCAACAUCCAGGCUGAGAUUGCACUUGCCGUACAGCCACUCAGGAGUGAGAAUGUACAGUUGCGAAGACGAUUGCGAAUCCUCAAUCAGCAGUUAUUGGAGAGAGAAAGAGCAGAACGGCAGACAAGACCAGAGGCCUGUGACAUGGAGGUGGUUGCGUUGCAGUCGUUAAACCUCGCUCUACAAACUCAGUUAAAUGAAAGCCGUGAAGAGCUGGAAGUUCUACAACAGGAGAACAUGAGGCUGCGGAAAGCCACGGAGGACAAAGACGUUGAUUUGAAGCACCUGAAUGACUUGUGUGAGUUGGAGAACAGUCGGCUAAGGCUGGAUGUGAGCGAGGCCUUAGCUGAGAUGCAGAGCUGCCAAAGUAAACUCAAAGCAUCUGAGACUGAAAAGAUGGCACUGAAUUUGAGUCUCCAACAGAGGGAGGCAGAGAUCGGCAAACUGCAGGACGUCAUCAGAAAUCUGCAGAAAAGUCAGACAAACAACAUGAGAUAUUCUCCUCAUCCUGAUGUGUCUCAACCAAAUUCCCAGCUCACUAAGAGUGUUCUGGAACUGCAUGAAGCUGCAGCGUUGGAUAAACCUUCAAAUUCAGUAAAGACCUACCUUCAGACCCUGGAGGACAUAAGACAGCCCUCUCCUUCCAACCACAUUAAAUGUAGGUCACAGACAUUACAUCCAGGUCAAACUGAUGGUGAAAAAGAUUAUGUUUUACACUCGGAUACAAAAAUCUGCUUAAAAACAGACAGGGAUGUACACAAACCAACCUUGGAAACCAUAGCUGAGGACAUGCCACAGUUAGAAGAUCAGAAAAAAACUGUGUUUGCUCCUUUAAGAGAGACUCCAUUGGUGCAGCUUGCUCAUAGUGAUCCAUUCACUCACUGUAAUGAGCAAAUAACAGCCAGAAAUCACAGGAAAGAUGUGGAUGUUAAGAUGAAAUAUAUGGGUCAUGGUCUUGAAAAGCUGGAUAUCUCUGAUGGACUCCACAUACAGGAUGCGAAAUGUGAGGGCCGAGAUUAUCUUGGUGUGGGUUUACAUUUAAAUCAGCAAAAUAAAGGACUAAACAAUCAACCAGUGCAAUCCCAAUAUGCCCGUCGAUUCCCGCAGUUGACUGUUCAGUCUGCUUGCACUGGACGACCUUCAGCGGUGGACAGCACUUUUUCCUCAUGUGAUAUUAAAUCUUUAGCCUCUGAUUGGAGCAUAAACUCCUGGUCCACGUUUAACACACAAGAUGAGCAGAAUUUCAGGGACGGGCUCGCAGCACUAGACGCCAGCAUAGAAAGUCUGCAGAAAACCCUGAAAGUUGAUCUGAACAAAUAAUUUGGUAUUUCAGUGUGCGCUGCGUUUUUUUAAUCUGACUACAUGCACUUUAUGGGUGUUUUAUUUGUUUAUUAUUUUUUUUUAUUAAAUUAUUAUGUGAAACUAUUGUGUGGCUAUAUUUUCAGGUGCUGUGUAGUAUCAUUGCACCUGCUGUAGCCAUGGUAAGGCAGCCAUUCGUCCUUAGUGACUUCGUUUUCUGUUUGUCCUAGUAUAUUAUGUAAGUGUAUACAGAAGAGUCAAGCUUUGAACAGGAUAAUUAUCUAAACUCUGGUCAUUUUGAGCGAGAUUUUAAUCUAAAAGUGCUCCCAUUUUGAGCCCAUUUUCCAAAAAAGUGAAGUGUUCCUUUUAGUAAACUAGUUAAAGUGCCACGAAACCCCCAUGUCUCAGCAGGGUAUUUUCACACCUCUAGUUUGUAAAAAGUCAGAAAGGUGGAUGAGUCCAGUUUUGUUUAGGUGGGAGUGUCGAGUGGCGAAAGAGGGAAGGGUUUGCAUGAAAAGGGGAGUUUCAAUGUGUGCACACCGAUUUUUCACACCAGCAACAAAGACGCAGAGGAAAUAGACAGUUAUUCAGAGAGCAGCAUUUACAGUGGUUCUGAGAGCUGUGUGGAAUUGGAGGAUUUUUAGUCCAUAAUAUUGUAGUGAUAUUACUGUAAACUUAGUAACUGAAUCAUUUUGACUAAGGGCACACUCACACUAUGCUAUCCGAACCGUGCCCAAUGUGCGUUUCCCGGUUCGUUUGAGAACUGUGAGUGCUCUGAAUCAGGUUCAGGCGCUGUUCAGUUGGCUAGACCUGGCCCGAUUGGAAGAGGUGUGCCAGAGUUCGGUUCAGUUGGGCUUUGGGUCCUUACGCGAGCUGUGUUCUCAUCAUAGGGAAUUAGAAACAACUUUCGUUGCGGCACAUUUAUAAACGCAACACUGACGACCCAUGGCUCCAAACAUUUCUUCUAC